AUGCCCAAUCUGAAAGCGACACCCAAGAUCAAGUCAAAAUAUAAUAAAUCCCCAUUAAAAAAAAACCCCACCUUAAUGGACCUCCAUUUCCCGCCAUCAAUUAUAGCUAGAGCCUCCAUUAAUGAAGGCGGUUGGCGAUCCGUUCAUGCCUUUAUUACCCAUCCCCACUCAUCACAACUCCAUGAUCACUCUCUAGCGAGCUCAAAGAUCGAAUCUUUAUGCUCUUCUGGGUCUGAUUUCGCUAGAUUAGGAGAGGAAAGAUAUGGGGUCCAGAGAGAUUAGGUCUUCGGAGGGCUUGCCGGAGAAAUCUCCGGCUGCGGUGGGGAGGAGGAAGCUGGAGAGCUAUUUCAUGGCGAGCGAGGAGAGGAGGACGCCGGCGGAGAUCAUCGGGGGGGAUUAUGUGGUGGGCACGACGCCAGUGAAUAUAAAGGGGAAGCCUAUUGAGGAUUUGUCAAAGACUGGGGGUUGGCUUGCUGCCUUCUUCAUUUUCGGGAAUGAAAUGGCAGAGAGAAUGGCUUACUUUGGGCUUUCAGUGAAUAUGGUGACAUUUAUGUUCUAUGUGAUGCACCGUCCCUUUUCUAGCUCAGCGAAUGCAGUCAACAAUUUCCUUGGGAUAUCUCAGGCCUCAUCUGUGCUUGGCGGUUUCCUUGCUGAUGCCUAUCUUGGUAGAUAUUGGACAAUAGCAAUCUUUACAACUAUAUAUCUUCUGGGUUUAACGGGAAUAACUUUGUGUGCAACAAUGCACAUCUUCACACCAAGUCAGUCCCAAUGUGAUAAGCUAUCCAUUCUCCUUGGCAAUUGUGAGCAGCCAAAACAAUGGCAGAUGGCUUACCUUAACACAGUCCUCUAUAUAACUGGAUUUGGAGCUGCAGGGAUAAGGCCUUGUGUCUCCUCUUUCGGAGCUGACCAGUUCGAUGAGAGGAGUAGAGACUACAAGACACAUUUGGAUAGAUUCUUCAAUUUCUUCUAUCUCUCAGUCACCAUUGGUGCUAUUAUAGCUUUCACUAUGGUGGUAUAUAUUCAAAUGAAGUAUGGAUGGGGUUCUGCUUUUGGUGCUUUAGCCAUUGCAAUGGGAAUGUCGAACCUUGUAUUUUUCCUUGGCACGCCACUUUAUAGGCAUCGGUUACCGGGCGGUAGUCCUCUCACGAGAAUUGCUCAGGUCUUGGUUGCUGCCUUUAGGAAGAGGAAAGUUCCUUUCUCUGACAGUGACUUAGUUGGGCUUUAUGAACUUCCUGGCAAGAGAUCUGCCAUCAAGGGCAGUCAGAAAAUAGAGCAUACAGAUGAUUUCAGGUUUCUUGACAAAGCAGCUCUACAACUGAAGGAAGACGGUCCGAACCCUAGCCCCUGGAACCUCUGCACGGUAACACAAGUCGAAGAAGUCAAGAUCCUACUCAAACUUCUACCAGUACCAGCUUGUACUAUAAUGCUCAGUGUUGUCCUAACCGAAUACUUAACUCUCUCGGUUCAACAAGCUUACACUCUCAACACCCACAUGGGCCAUCUUAAGCUCCCAGUAACUUGCAUGCCCGUCUUUCCUGGUGUCAGCAUCUUCCUCAUCCUUGCACUCUAUUAUUACACUUUUGCCCCUCUAGCUCGUCGCAUCACAGGCCACCCUCAAGGAGCAACUCAACUUCAAAGGGUAGGGUUGGGCUUAGUAGUAUCGAUCCUCUCUGUUGCUUGGGCGGGAGCUUUUGAGCGGUACAGAAGGAACUAUGCUGUAAGGAAUGGGUAUGAAGCUCUGUUUUUAUCUGCUAUGCCCGACUUGAGUGCAUACUGGUUGUUGAUACAAUACUGCUUGAUUGGAGUAGCUGAGGUAUUUUGUAUUGUGGGUCUUCUGGAGUUCUUGUAUCAGGAGGCUCCUGAUGCUAUGAGGAGUGUUGGUUCAGCUUAUGCUGCUGUUGCUGGAGGAUUGGGUUGUUUCGUGGCUUCAAUACUGAAUAAUAUUGUUAAGGCAGUAACGGGGAAUGAGGCUGAAGGGAGGAAUUCAUGGCUUGCUCAGAAUAUAAAUUAUGGGAGGUUUGAUUACUUGUAUUGGUUGCUGGCUGUGCUGAGUAUGAUCAAUUUCUGUGUGUUCUUGUUUUUCGCAAAAAGGUACAAGUAUAGGGGAAGGAAUGAAAUAGGGAUGGAGGUUUUGAGAGAGAAUAAGUAGGAGUUAGAUUUAGCAGGAGAGGAAAUGGGGUGUUUGGGGUUUGAAAUGGGUAUGUAUUUGUUUGGUUAGGUAUAGGUUCUUUAAGAAAAUUAUAUGUAUUUGAUUAUUGGCAGAAGGAAUUGUAGUGUAUUUGGUUUUGGUAUAACUUUAGCUUUUGUUGAAUGUUGGUCUACUGUGAAGGAAACUGAUGAUUUGUGUCAUGCAAAUGUUCUUAUUUGAGAUUUAUGUCA